AUGACCAAUGCACCCAUCGUGGAACAAAUUGACGAUCCACUGAACGACGGUGUGGAGCUUGUCGAGGACCUUCAGGGCCAAGCAGGGCUUCCCACGGGUGACCGAAUGGAUGUCGCCAAGAUCCGCAUUGAGAAACUGAACCAGGAGCGUCAGGAGCGCGUUGCCCGGCGGCGAGACCCACAGAGCUGCCUCAAGCGGGGGCUGCAUCGCAUCAUACCCUACGGCGGCAUCAUCUCCUCCGGAUGCAACCUCGCCAGCUCAUCGCUGGGCGCCGGAAUACUUGCGCUGCCGUAUGCCUUCAACACGUCCGGGCUGGCGAUGGCGCUGGUGUACCUUGUGGUGGUGGGUCUGCUGACCAUCUACUCCUUCACCCUUCUGGGCAUCGCCGGGAAGCGGACGGGGCUGCGGAACUACGAGCAGGUCACGAGGGCUCUUCUUGGGAAGGGUGCGGACUACUUUUUGGCCUUCCUGCUUUGGCUUCUGAGUUUUGGUGCGGAAGUGUCUUACGUGAUCUCCAUGGGCGAUGUUGUUGAGGCAUUUGUUCAGAAUUCCUCGAGCAGCUCAGAAUAUCUCAAAUCCUCCUCUGGCCGCAGGUUACUCACGAGCAUGGUGUGGCUUGUUGCCAUGCUGCCGCUGUGCCUACCGAAGGAGAUCAACUCUCUGCGCCAUAUCUCAAUUAUUGCUGUAAUGUUCAUCGUCUUCUUUGUGAUCUGCGUGAUCAUCCAUUCCGUACGCAACAGUAUCACCCA